UUUUGGUUGUUGUUGGAGAGAGAGAGAGAGAGAGGGGAGUAUUAGAAGAAGACAGGUCACCGUAAGCUUCUCAACAGGGUCAAGCACUCCACCAUUACCAUUUUCCUUCUCUUUCUCUCUUUUUCUCUCUGAACAAACAAACUUGUUAUUCUUCUCUCUCUUUUUAUCCAUUACAGAAAAAAAAAAAGAGAAAUAAAGUUGGAAGCUUUGCCCAAAAAAAAAAGGAAAAAAAAAGGGGUUUGGAGAAAUUAUGGGUUUAUAGCUCUCUUUGAGCUUUAGAGGAAUCAUCUCCUCAUCUUUAUCUUCUUCUUCUUCCAAAUUGAGACGCAGAAUUGUUGAAUUUUCAUUAUCGUAUUUGAGGAAUUGGGUGUUUGGGAAUCUGUGAAAAUGGCCAUUUCGCGAGCAUCAUCAACUGAGCCGACAAUACCAGAACCACGGGCGCCGACGUCGCUGCCGUCGAACUCGAACUCUGGUCCUCCUCAGAGAUCUGUGGAUGAGAAUCGACGUUUCAAUGGUCUUAGAAGCGUGGAGUGGCGUAUCAAUCUUGGGAUUUUGCCAUCGUCUUCUUCUUCUUCCAUAGAUGAUUAUCGUCGUGUCACAGCUGAUUCGCGUAGGAGAUAUGCUGGAUUGAGACGACGCCUUCUUGUUGAUCCACAUAUUCUAAAGGAUGGAAGUAAUACUUCUGACCUUACAAUGGAUAACCCACUAUCACAAAACCCAGAUAGCACUUGGGGUCGUUUCUUCCGGAAUGCCGAGCUGGAGAAAAUGGUUGAUCAGGAUUUGUCACGGCUAUACCCAGAACAUGGGAGCUACUUUCAGACUCCAGGAUGCCAAGGCAUGUUAAGACGAAUCUUGUUAUUGUGGUGUCUUAGACAUCCAGAAUACGGUUAUGGACAAGGGAUGCAUGAACUCUUGGCUCCUUUGUUGUAUGUUCUUCAUGUUGAUGUGGAGCAUCUUUCUGAAGUGCGAAAGCUAUAUGAAGACCACUUCACGGACAAGUUUGAUGGUCUGUCAUUUCAUGACAAUGAUCUUUCAUAUAAUUUUGAUUUCAAAAAAUCUAUCGAUUCUAUGGAAGAAAACAUUGGCUCUCAGGAAGAUGAGUUAAAAUCAAAGAGUCCGGAAGAGCUUGAUCCUGAGAUACAGACUAUUAUAUUGCUAAGUGAUGCUUAUGGAGCUGAAGGUGAAUUAGGCAUUGUCUUAUCUGAAAAAUUUAUGGAACAUGAUGCUUAUUGUAUGUUCGAUGCCUUGAUGAGUGGUGCCCAUGGUUCAGUUUCCAUGGCAGAGUUUUUCUCUCCCUCCCCUGCUGUUGGGUCUCAUACUGGCUUACCUGCUGUCAUUGAAGCUUCUGCUGCACUAUAUCAUUUGCUGUCUUUUGCUGAUUCAUCUCUACACAGCCACCUUAUAGAACUUGGUGUUGAACCCCAGUACUUUGCACUCCGCUGGUUAAGGGUUUUGUUUGGCCGUGAAUUUUCACUUGAUGAUCUCUUGAUAAUAUGGGAUGAGAUAUUUGCAUCAGAAAAUGGUAAAUUAGACAAAGGUGGUGAAGAUGAUGAAGGAUCCAGCUUUGCAAUUCUCAGUUCUCCUCGAGGUGCAUUUAUCUGUGCCAUGGCAGUUUCCAUGUUACUUUAUUUGAGAUCUUCCCUUCUUGCCACUGAGAAUGCCACUUCAUGUCUUCAAAGAUUGCUAAAUUUUCCUGAGAACGUAAAUCUAAAGAAAUUGAUGGAGAAGGCAAAGUCUUUGCAAACUCUUGCACUGAACACUAAUAUCGCAUCCUCUUCUCCUCCAUUUACUGGGACUUUCUACCGUAGUAAAUCAACGGUUGUCAGAGGUCAUAGUGAUUCAUUUGGUUCUGUUUCUCCAAAAACUCCAUUGAAUUUGGUUCCUGAAAGCUACUGGGAAGAGAAGUGGAGAGUUUUACAUAGGGAAGAAGAACUUAAGCAAGGUGUUUCAAAGAAACAGAUUACAACUCAAAAGAAGGGGUGGACAGAAAAGGUAAAGUUGAGCCUGUCAAGAACAGAAUCUGAUCCCACUUCCUCGAAGCUUGAAAAUGGCAGAAAGAAGCCUAAGCCAUCUGUUAGGCGAAGAUUGCUGGAAGAUCUAUCUCGGGAACUUGGUUUUGAGGAUGAUAUUGACAAAGUAGGCUGUCAUGAAGUUUCAGGUCAUGAGGAAAAAGUUUCUGUAGAAGUAGAUGACAACAAAGUAGAUAAUGUCAGUAAGGAAUUUGCCUGCACUGCUGAAGAAGGUCCUUUGAGUGGAAAUAAUGGCAGUGAAGAGAGUUCAUUUAUAUUCUCAGAUCCACCAAGUCCUCUUAGUGGGGCUAAUGAUCAUGAAAUUGACUCCGAGAAAAGUAGUGUUACUUCAAAUAUAUCUCUCGAUGACAAUGAUGAACCUCCAGAGAGUAUCUUAGAAGAAUCUCCUCUUCCGAUUUCUGAUAAUCCUGAGGGUGUCUCUCAAAAAUCUGAAUGCAACAAUGAUUCUUUGGGAACUUCAGGUACAGGGAUAAAGGAGCGCAAGCUUUUAGGUAAAUUCCAGUGGUUUUGGAAGUUUGGACGAAAUGCUGCUGCUGAAGGGACAUCUGAGAAAGUUGGCAGUGGCUUUGAGGCUACAACAUCUGCCAACAGUGAAAGUAAUUCAAACACAGCUGGCCAUUCUGCAGCUGGAGAGUCUUUGAAUUCUUUAGUUAGCUCAAAAGGAGAUGCAGUUGACCAGAAUGUGAUGGGUACUUUGAAGAAUCUGGGGCACACUAUGCUUGAACAUAUUCAGGUAGUCGAGUCUGUUUUCCAACAAGAUCGGGGUCCUCAGGUUGGUUCAUUGGAUAACUUCUCAAAAAACAUUCUAGUUGGCAAAGGACAAGUCACAGCGAUGGCAGCUCUAAAGGAGCUUCGGAAAAUCAGCAAUCUUUUAUCAGAGAUGUGAGGUUGGCAUAAUUUAUAAUUUACUCUGUAUAUACAUUUUGUAAUUAUUAUUCUUUUAAUGCCACAAUAAAUUUAGUUCUAUUUGGCUUCUCCUCUGGGCCCCAUCUUGUUCUGAUAUAUAAAUCCAAAGUUUUGGCAGUGGUACUGUGCUGUAGAGACCGCAUAUGUGAAUACGAGUUUAUGUAAUGUGAAUUUAAAUGUCUUGAGGAGAUAAGUUCUAUACUAAUGUGUUAUGGAAUUUGCAUUUUAACAA